AUGUUAUGUAGUUACAUUCAAUGCAAAAAUCCAAGAAGGUACUUCUGCACUGAAUAUAAAAAGCAGGUCUGUGAAGAAUGAUACAAUAUUCUGUACUUUGAUAAUGACAAGCAGAUUAUCCAAACCUCCAAAGAACUUGAACUUGCUGCUGAUCAGAUCUUUAACUUUGUCACUGACCUUAAAAUCAGAGCUGAAGCGUCUAGGCUUACACAGAAGAUCGAUGGACUUGAACUAGCAUUUAAAGUCAUUUUUGAAGAAGUUGAGGCUUAUGGAAUGAAGGUUAGAAAUGCUAUCAGAAGAGACCACUUCACUGAGUAUGAGGAUCUAAUAAAAGAAGCUUCGGAUAUAAAGACCAAAAUACUUUCUGGAGCAUUUGGAUGUGGAUCAGAUGGAUCCAAUCCAAUAUUCAGACUCUUUUUCGAUUUGCAAGUGCUUUCGUUUUCAAGCAGAUCUGGAGAAUGCAAAGAUCCAGUGUGGAUAAACAGAAUUAAAAGGAUAACAAAGAAGUCAUUGCAUUCCAAACCAAGCCUUGCAGCUAAUAAUGCAAGUAUUCAGAAUGAGAAUAGAGAAGAAUCCAAGCAGGACAAAGAAGAUAUCCAGAACCUGCCAAGAGAAGCCAGCCAAUCUGCUGAAAAUGAUACAAGAGCUCAGGAGAUUAUAUCAGCACUUGAGGAGAAACUAAGACAGAAGGAGCAAGAGCUUCAAGUAGAGAAAGAUAAGUCUGAAGGAUUUGAGCAAGAUAUGAAUAUUCUAAAAACAAAUAUGGACAAACUCACUCAAGAAAAUACCGACUUACAAGAAGAAGUGAAGAGAAUAAUCGAAGAGCUAGACAAAAAGCCUGAGAAGCCAAACUUAGUAAACAAAGAGAAAUGCGAGGAUUUAUACCAUAAGCACAUGAAAUGCAAGAAGACUUUUGACGAAACCUGUCAGCUACAGCUGCGCAUGCAUGACCCUAAAGCCCUGAUGUUCAUUAAGGAACUAGUAAUGGGCAAGAUAGUUCUUCCUCAGAUAUAUGAAAGUCAUACUGCCAGGAUUGGAGGCAAUGUGGUUGAGCUUAUUAAUAAGUACUUGUUGUAUUGCAUACCGGAGGGGUUUAAGAAGAUAUACCUUAACUGGGAAUGGCUAAAUAUACCAAUUAACUUCUCAUCCAUGCAGGAAGGGUUAACUGAGGCCCUUCCUAAAGUGACCAAGGAGGUCCUGUUUAAUACCUUUGUGAUCCAGUCAUCGGAUUUAGAGCUUAUUAUGCAGAAGUGUCAUCAGGUUGAAAAGAUUACCUUUAGUUUUUCAAAGUUGAUCCCUUGUUCUGAUAUGAAUUUUGAGACAAGUAAGGGAUCGAAGUUAAAGUUCUUGUCUAUUUGGUGCUCUGAUUACCAUGAGCAAGGAUUAUCAUCUGAUUUUAAAGAUCAUCCAGAAAGAUUAGAAUGGAUCAUUGAAGCUCUAAGUAAAUCCUCACAUGGGAAAUCUCUUGAGGUUCUUCAUAUCGAUGAAUGCCCAAUUGAUGUGAAAACAGUGGAAGACAUGAUGAAGAAAUAUGGAAUGGAUGAUGUUGAAGUAUGCAAAGGAAGUGAAAGUUUGCCACCAUGCCUUUAA